CUUGGCUAGAAGAGAAACUGCCUGCUCCCGCACCUCGCUCAACUAACAUCCUGUGAUGUCAGCCUGGAGGAAGUAGCAGUUUGGGUACAAGUCAGUCAGACUGUAUGGAGUAAACAGAGAGCGAAUCAACGAGGUGUGACAGGGUGGGUAUAUUGUGUGACCCCAAUGAUGGUCCGGAUUUUGGCCAAUGGAGAUAUUGUACAGGAUGAUGACCCCCGGGUGAGAGCAAAUGCUCAGCACAGGGAGAACACCUCCCGGCUGGAAUUUUUCAACGUGGCGCCUAAUGCAGGCCAUGCUCCACCGCAGCAGCAGGCUGCCAGGCCUAGGGAGCGCUCUCCAUUUUCGGAACUGAACCAGCAGCUAGUGAACAUGGGAUUCCCCCUCUGGAACCUCGGUAACCAAGUGGUGGAGCCGGUGAUGUCCAUCCCGCUGCUUUUCCCCCUCAUGAUGGGAGGCAGAGCAUCUGAGAGGGACUCUGACAGAGAUGGGACUUCAACGCUGGGGGCCCCCCAUUGUGAGCUCGAGUGACGGAACUAAUCCUGUUAGUAAAUCGUUCCUGCUCUUUCCACAGAAGAGGAGCUCCUUGUGAAAAGAAACAAUAAGGGUGAGCAUAAGGGAUUUGGGUGCUUCUACAACGGACAUGUUAAUCACCAGACCUAAUCUCCUAAACGACUGUGUUCCCGUGUCAGGUUGAAUUUGAAGCUUGGAUGCUCAGAGUGAGUUUGAGGGCUAGUGCAGUAGGCUCCAUUCAGGCAGGAACUUAAUGUAUCCUAAAAACUGAUUAAUUGAAAUGAA